AUGGCCAAGGUCUAUUUUGCUCGUCAAAACAAUGAUUUACUCCAAGAAGCUCGUCUGAGGGGUUCUCUCACCUAUUGGGGUUUGCUCUAUUCAGCGCCGUGCGAUAAGCCGAUGAAGGUGCGCAUUCCACUCCAUUUAGGAAGGAGCGUUGCAAGAACUCUGGACGAUCUCAAUACGGACCGCUGGAUUCCCGUCGGCGCGCACUACAAACAAUGUCUUGACCUAGAGGACAAUCGUGUUUUGGUCGAGUCGGGCUCAUCAACCGAACCCACAUUUACAGUAUAUUACUGCAAUCGGAGAACCCCGCCCGCAUACUAUCGCCCUGUUAAUGAACUGAUUUCGGGAAUAGCAAACCGAAAGUGGUACGGAAACGUAUUGGUUGUUUGCCACGGCAAACGUAACGCUGUCGCAGGUGUGCAGACGACGCAUAUCGAAUAUAUUACGGAACAAAUCAAACUAAUUACAGAGCACUUGCUGCCUCAGUCAUUCAACGAUAUACGGAGUCCGCCGCAGCGGGUUGCUCAAUUUGUUCCGGCGACCGAGUCCGGGACUCCGUCAUAG